AUGACUGUGGAAGGUGGCGGCCCAGUGGGCGGAUUCCUGGUGGAACAACCGCAGCAGCAGCGCCAGGUCCAGCCGCCGCCGCCGCCGCCGCCGCCGCCGCCCUCGCCGCCGGGGAUGGCCCUCCUGGGCUACGGCUCGCUCACCCCGUCGGCCGCGGCUGUUAACGCCAACUCAUCCACGGAAGAUCCAAGCAAGAAGAUUAGGAAGCCGUACACCAUAACCAAGUCCCGGGAGAGCUGGACGGAGCAGGAACAUGAUAAAUUCCUUGAGGCGCUUCAGCUGUAGAGCUCCUUUCCUUUUCCUUUUAUUUUUCUCAUGUCUGCACCUUUCGUUCUUCGUUAGAACGGUUUCACUUUCUGGGAAUUUGGGUGGGUUGUAGACUUGUUAAUUUAUUUUGGGGGGGAAACGUCCAGCUAUUACAGCUUUGAGGGUAUCAUCAAGUUGGGAUUUGCUUUGUUGAGUUGCUUUCUUUAUGAAUUAGAGAUUCCUUAGUCUGGAGUCUGCUCCGAUUCAAAGAUGAAUACUUUCCUGAUUCUGAUUUGGGUCAUGGAGUAAUCUCCCUGGGAUUUUAAUUAGACUUGGGGCUUGCAAUUGCGAAUCACUUCGGCUCUGCUAGUGUAGAUCGUCCCGCUUUUCAAGGUGGAAGUGAACAAGUAAAGAUAGAGAUAGGGUAGCAAGAUGGAAACUUCUGCUGCAAAGAUUCCGAUAGAUGGAUCAAGUAGUUCAUUGUCAUCAUUAAAAAAAUCUUUGAUCACCAUUUUUGUUAAUAUGUGGGAUAUUUAGGAUCAUAUGUGAGAAAAGCAUAUAAAUUGAGCAAUCACUUGGAGGAUUGAUAGUCUGUUGAUAUUUCAUGAUUCUUGGUAAAAGUCGGAGUAAAGCAUCAAUGAGAUCUGUGGCAAUGCAAUUUUAGGGACAGCUCCUUUCGAUGAGUAUUUCUGCCAUCAUUAUGGGCGUAUUUAUUUACCUCUCCCCAAAAUUAGCGUAUAUUAUGUUUACCAUACUAAUUGAGCAUAAAGAUGAGUUUAAGCUCUUCCAUGAUGAUUUGAUUUAACCACAUCAAAUCUUCCCUCUAGUUAUUGAAGCCCAAAAUAUUCACUAUGAACUUUCUUAACAUUGCUUACGGGCAAACAACAGAAAUCAAAGAGAGGACCCUGAGUAUUUGAAAAUUAUUUGAAAAUUAUUAUCAUAUGAGUUGGAGAGAUUGGGAUGUUGCAAAUGUUUAUACCUCUUUCUGGGGUUGAGUUUUAUCAAGGAAUGAACUGAGCGCUGUUUUGGAGGGUUUCAAAGAAAACGGUAUGGCUUGAAAUCAAAGAUACUGUCUCCUUGAGGGAUGGCUGGAAUUAUGGCUAUCUUUAACUGUCUUAUGCUGUCUAAGACAUUGAAGGAAGAGAUUGAUCUUUUUAUUCUGUAGGUACUAGAGACUGCAAUGAGGGAGCCAUGUAGGUUUCUGAAAGCUAGUAUGCUGAGAAAGAUGACUAAUUUACAUUGGGAGAGUGUCCCAGCUGCUGGUGGCUAAAUUAAACGGCUGAAAGAAAAUUAUGAAACAUGAGUUCACAAUUUUAGCUUUGGUUUCGAAUUUCUAUGCUUCCCUGGACUAGUGAGACAGUAGAUCUACUUUGCUCUAUCAGUGUAUUUACAUUUUAAAUUGGCGUAUUUGGGGUCUCAUUUUUUCAAAUCUUGUUAUUUUAGCUUUGAUCGUGAUUGGAAGAAGAUUGAGGCUUUUGUUGGCUCGAAGACAGUAAUCCAGGUAUGUCUCCUCUGGGUCAGACAUGCAACCUACGGUAAAAUAUGUUAUUUUUGAUUGACUAUUCAAAAACACUGAAGGCUGUAGUAUUUUAUGUUGUAAAAGGGUUUGUUUCUGUUUUAUGUUUUGUGUUCUCUGGUAGUCAACAAGUAGCAUAGCAAAGAGGAAUUAUAUUCUCCAUAUUAUGAUUGUCAGCAGCUAGUGCAGCUGCAGCUGCCUUUGAUUUUUUCUUUAUUUUUGUGUGCCGCAACUCGUUGAGGAGAAAAUCAAUAAUAAGAAUUUGCUUGGUGGACCUGAAUGCCGAUACAUUAUGAAGAGGCAUUCUUUGGGUGAUGGGGGGCUAUCAGGAGCUACUUGUGAGGAGUUGGACUGAUUAUAGAGGGAGGCAGGAUCAAACAUGACUAGUGUGAUUACACAAUUAAAAAAGACAGACGUGAAUUGGCCAAAUGGUAGAUUGCUUAAUGUUCCCAGAGCAGGAGACAAGGGAUAGACGAUAAUACACGGAGGCACUGGAUGGAUCAUAAUAAGCAAUGAUGCUUGAUGAAGAAGCAAUCACCAUAUAUAUAUAUUAAGCAGAGUGUGUGAUGGAUUGGAUGAGUGCUAGGAGAAGAAAUAUGCUAUGAUUGAUGCAUGUAGACCACUUAUCUAAGGAAGAAGAAAUCAAGGAAAUAUAAUGGGUUCUUUCCAGGUUUUUCACGAUGGAAGAUGGCUGGAAGCCAUCUUCAUCGGAUGAUCUGUUGCUUUAUUGAAAGGGCAAGGCGUGGAGAGCUAUUCUUGCCCUAACCAGAGUCAAAGAACUGGGCUGGAUGGAUUCCACAUUAUCUUCCUCCAGUCUUAAGGAAAACCCGAGAAGUUAAUGUGGAUAUCGUGGAGUUUUAUAAGGAAGGAAAUAAGGAAGCCCAUCUUACCACUGAAACUGAGGAACGGAAGAUAAGAGGUUUCAGGAUUACAAACCUGUUGCCUUGGAAACUAGGGUUGUGGAGCGUCAUCAAAAAGCAUUUUGUAGUUCAGAGAGAGUGGCCAACAAAAUGAAAAGUCGGAAUUAGAGUGCCUACUUAUGGUGUGGGAAAUUUAUGAGAAAUUGAUUGUGGCUAAUGGAUGCAUACGGGCUAAGAAGACCUAAGAGGGAAGUUCGGUUCUUUGGCUGGACCUUUUCGAGGCCUAUGCAAAGCGAGAUAAGAGACCUUUUACAAGUGCUAGAUCAGAUGAUAUUGGAUGAUGGAUGAAUUUGGUUGUCAUAUUUUUCUGCCAUAUUCGCUCUGCUGAUUAAUAAGGUGCCCAGAGGAGUCUUUUGUAUCAGGAGAGAGUUCAGCCAAGGAGGCCGUUUGUUUCCUUUCCUGUUUUUUCGUUAUCACUGAAAUGCUUGCUAAAUACGAUAGAGAACAGGAUUUGGAAAAAUCAGGGGAUUCUGGCCUUAUGCACAUUGCUUAUUAGUGACACGUCAUCUAUGUGCAGCUAACAUCAUUUUCUUCGUUCAACCAGAGGAGGCGCUGAUGUAUAAACUAGACUGAUGUUAGAAUUUUUCGUAGAGAAAGGGUGCUCUUGGUAAUCUGUGAUAAUAGCUUGAUUGUGGGAUGGAUGUAGAGAAAGAGGCGCCCCAUGCUUUAAGGCAAUGUAUCAUUAGAAAAAAAUUCUAUUUCGUAUUUGGGGAUUGCACUUUGUUUAUGUGCAUCACCUACACAAUCCUCGGAUUGGAAAAAAAUCGUAAGAUUGAAGGAUGGAAAAGAAAACUAUUCUUCAUUUGGUCAUAGAUUACCGUAAUCUGUGGCCGUUCUGUCAACUUAACAACUUUUUGCUUAUCCAUGUUCGGGAUUCCAACACAACUGUUGGGAAGCUAUAGUGUGAGAUUUACUGACUAUCGCAACAACUGUCUUCAAAUUGAGAGAUACUAUACAGACUACUAAUAUGUUGAACGUGGGUAUUGACAUUUAUAUAGCAAAUGUCUGGAAGGCAAUUCUGGAAAGAUGUGUUCUGGAACUUCAGCUUCUUAGGAACAUCUUCAUUUACUAUAUCGGUCUGUUGAAGAUAACUCUGCACUGGUGGCAUAAUUUUAUGAUACUUGGGUAGAGAAAGGUAAAUGGCCCUCGACUUUUUUAAAGCAACUUUGGGGAGGAAGAGGUUAACGACGUGAAGAAUCUCUCAGGUUUUUGUCAAUAGACACAUUACCAUUGGGAGAGUGCAAGUUCAUAGGGGUGAAAAUGACAAUGACAAUGAGGGCCAAAAGUUCAUUGGGAUUGGCAUUGCGUAUGACUGCCCAUUGGUGACUGAAAUGAUGGCUUAUUGUAAACGAACCCUUUGAACAAACAUGUAACCAGAGGAGCAAUUGGACAUGCCAGAAGCAAAGCCAUUUUCUGAAGAUAUUAAUUAGUGAUUCUAACAUAAUGAGAGGGUGAGCCAUGGUUCCAUCCUGGUUUGAGAUGAUUGUACUUCGCUUUGGGAAUCUGGGUGUUUAAUAUUGUUUUUUCCCCUUGUGGUCUGUAGAGCUGCUGGAUUACAUGCUUUGUUGGAGACCUCAUUGAUACUAUAUGUGCUGUUCCCUGUUUCUUUCUUUGAAUUUUGAUAAACUUGAUGAUCCCGUUCAAUCAGGGCCAUGAAUUCUUUGGUGAAUAAAAGAGAGGUUCUUCAGUUUUGGUGAAGGCUUUUUCUGGGUCGUUUCUGAUUUGACUUUUUUGUAUAAACAGAAAGGUAAACACCAGGGCAUUAGUUCGGCAGUAUUGAGAUUAUGUAUGAUAAUAUUGGUGUUGAUUGAUAUUUUUUGGAUGGAUUAGAUUGAACUUAGAAGGAGUCUUCCAUUUUGUAAUAAACGAAACUGUUGAAAUAUUGUGACACGACAUAAGGAUUGUGCUGAAAGAAAGGAUGGUCCUAAAACGGAAACAAUGUUAUGUGCGAAGCAAUAAAUACAGAGGACAAUUGUGACAUCCAUAUUGACUGUAUCACUGGCUAGUGAAUAAUUGGACCCGUUUUUCCUGAGUAGCAUCAUGUAAUUGUUUUUGUCUAAGUAAUCGUUAUUUUCUAAUAUCUUCCCUCUGAACCGCGAAAAUUGUGUACGAUUCCUUUUCAUGUAAGCUACUCUUACAGAGUUAGAUUUCCACAGAUUAGAAGCCAUGCACAGAAAUAUUUUCUGAAGGUUCAGAAGAACGGGACAAGUGAACAUGUACCACCACCUCGCCCCAAGCGUAAAGCAGCACACCCCUAUCCUCAAAAAGCCUCUAAAAACGGUAAACGAUUGAACAUUUAUUUAUUUUACUGUUAUGUUUUUCUGUAAACUUUGUUGACUUCAAAUUUUGGAAAAUUUCCAGCUCCAUUAUUGUCCCAAGGCAGCCGACCGUUUCAAGCAUCUUGCUUGCUAGAACCAAACUCUGCUACAAGGAUGGAUUCAUCAUCUGUGUUGAGGAGCUCUGGCACUGGAACAACAGUUGCAUCAUGGUCUCAUAGUACUUCUGUUCCACCACUUAGCGCAUCAAACCUAACCAAAGGUUCUUGUUAUUUUGUUUAUUUCCAAUGAGUAUGGAUGAUAUCACUUCAAGAAUUCUGACUUGAGAAAUGCCUUUCCAGAUGAUGCUCGUCUUGGGGGAUCUGCUGUUGUUAAUAAUUGCUGUUCAAGUAGCACCGAAAGCCCUUCUGGGACAUGGCCGAUUUCUGAUACAACUGUUCAACAAAAUCACAUGGCUUCACUUCGUGGUAAGUUUUCAUUUUCACUGUAAUACACAUCCAUAUCUGUAUACCACUGCAGUUGAGGAUACCAAAGAAAUGUUAUGCAAUUACUUCGUGCAUAAUAUUUAAGCUUUCAGGAAUAAGAAUUCUAUCGACACUAAGUUAACAUCGAAAGGUUUUUUGGCCAAACAUUCUUUUACAGGUCGAUGGCACCACAACUUCUGUUUUUCUCGUAGGUUGAUGAACGAGCAUGAAUUGUUCCAUUUAAAAUCUUGAGGUUGUUGUCAACUACUAAUGAGCUGAUCCUUCUAUAUUUAAUUCUGGGUUUUCCUGGAAAAGCUUUAUUAAUGCUUCCUUCUCUUUUGUUAAAUUUCCUGGGAAGAUAAGUGUGGGCUUAAGUGUGUUGCCAAUUUGAUCAACAAUCUACCUCUACUCGGAGGGCAUUUAAUCGUUGGAUGAUAAUAUAUUUAUAUAUUCUUUCCUUCUAUGUAAGCUUAAUCGUUGAACGAUAGGAAGAGAACUGUCACCAUUACGGAGUAACUUCAUUAAUGGGCUUUGAUGCACGAAUCCAAACCUCUGGACAGGACAUGUAGAGCACUCAGACUUCCGAUGCCCCCAUGUUUAAUGGGUAAACCAGGGCAUAUGCACUCUGUGCUAUAUGGGCCAGUGUUGAUUCUUAUGUGGUGUUUUGAUUGAAGAAGAAGUGUUAUAUUAUACCCCAGCCCUAAAUAUAAUUCCCUUUGGACUGGAGUAAGGUCGCAGCUGAAAAGCACAUGUUCUGAUGUGAUAGUUCUUCCUUGUCUUCUCCUGUAAGAGCUCUUCUGAGCUCUACUCCAAGAUAGUUCUUCCUCCCUGCAUGCACAGAUGUCUACCCAUUUGUUCACAACCAACAGAAAUAACAUGUUGGAGACAUUUGCAAUGCUUAGGCGUCCUAACCAUGUUUCCUUAGAAUAUGUUACCCUCCCCGUUUCCUCUUCCUUUGUUGAGGGCUUUCUAAACCUAUUUUCUGCUCUCAAAUGCUCUCCUCCAUAAGGAAGAGCAUUUUUGUGAUUCGUCUGGCUGAUUUCUUGUUUCCUCUUUGAGAAGGGGGAAGGUGUCAGGUUCGUGAAAAAAAAAAGAGUGGCUUUAAUAGAUUUGGAAAUUUCUGUUUUUUCUUUUACCCAAAUAAAAAUCAGUCAUUCGAGACAGUCAGUUCUUACCUGGAUCAAGAUCUGAUCCAGAUAACCUUGGAUUGAUCCUUUUUUGACUGGUCUUACUUGUAGUUGACUCCUAUGAAUAUCCCAGCUGUCCCAUUCACUGGUUUUUCAUUUCCAUGGCGUGUUAUAUAUAUUUUUGGUUUUGCAGUGAUGCCAGACUUCGUUGAAGUGUAUAGCUUCAUUGGAAGUGUGUUCGACCCAAACACAAGUGGUCACUUGCAGAAACUAAAGGAGAUGGAUCCGAUUGACGUGGAAACUGUAAGUAAUGAAUACUUUUGAGUUUAUUCACUGCAAAACUUCGUUCUCUACUCUGCAUAAGAUGUUGAAUGGACAUGGCCUUUCUGCCAGCAGGUUGGCGAUUCCAUUGCACGAUUUUCUGCCAACAUUCCCCCACCCCUCCCCAUACCUACCCCGUUAGGUUCCUCUGAAGUCCCUCCCCUUCCUCAUGGCAACUCAACUUUCACUGUUCUUUCAUGAGCAACACACCUCACCCGAAUUUCCUCCCCAUUAGCUUAUAGGCUUAUAUGCGCAUUACACACUCUCCCAUCCCCUCCCCUUUACCAACUAUCCAUCUUCAAAUUUUAACGAGGCUGCUCAUGCCAAAUGCUCAUAAAUCCUCAAAACUUUCGCAAAGAAAUAACAGGUUUUCAGCGGGAUAGAAUUGACAAGGUUUAACAUUAAUAAAUAUGAAGAUAGAUAGCCGGGUGGGGGUAGUACUGAUGCGCUCUACCUGCGCUGUGGCAUUUGGUGGAAACGGAAUCGAUAUACGCUCUGCUCCCAACAACCUGAAUGAUGACUAGCUUUAUUGCCAUCGCUUACAUCUUAUUUUUAUUAGUCAUAUAGUCAUAAUGGAAUUUAUUGACUUACACAGUGAUAUUUCUUAUGUUGAGAUUGAACACUCUCUUGAUCUCUCUCUCUUAACCAAUUUGUCUGUGCUCAGAUAUAGUAUUUUAUUUUUGACACAUUUUUAGAUUAAUUAUGAUCCUAAGGACUUACACAUUUUUAGAUAUAGUAUUUUUAGUAUCUCUCUCUAGAUUCCUUCCGUUUGGUUUUCCUGUGUGGAUAAGGUGGCACUCCAGGGGAGAAUUUCUAAACGCGUUGUCAUUUUCUUAUCCAGGUGAUGCUGCUUAUGAAAAACUUGUCGGUCAACUUGACAAGCCCUGAUUUUGAGGAUCAUGUAAGUGUUCUUUCCCAUUUAACUCGUGGGGAUAUCUUUCCUCAUGGUUUGGGUUUCAGUAGUCUUUGUCUAAAUCACUCCAGUGGCAGCUCCAUGGGAAAUCACGUUGCUUAUUUCCACGAUCAAAUAUUUUGUUUACGUUUUGUGUUCAUGUGACUUUGCGUGGUCUUCUGGUCUUCCUUCAGAUGCUAGUCCAAAUGUGUCAAUUCUUCUUUUGGCCAUUCUUUUACUCCUUAUGGGCUGUUCUUCCUCAAGAUGAGAGGGAACCUGGUUGAUCCUCCUUUCCCCUUCUACCUUUUGUCUUCUCUCUCUCUCUCUCUCUCUCUCUCUCUCUCUCUCCCUCUCUCUCUCUCUCUGUCUUUUCCCUUCUCCCAUCAUUCUUAUUUUCUGAUUAUUUCUUUAUCUCUCACCUCAUUGGUUCUUCUCCCCUCCCCAUCUGUCACCGCAGCUUUGCCUCUUUUGGAGAAAAAAAAAAAAAAAAAAAAAAAAGGACCAGGCAGGCUGCCGCUAAACAGCUACCAUCUUCACAUAAUAAAUUCAUCUCUUGUUCACUAAUUGUGAAGGCUUAUUUAAUGGUUGUGAGAUAAAAUGAGCCCGUUUAUACAACCAAUUUAAAUCUUUUGUUCAUUUCAAGCAGAGGAGAUUGCUGUCUUCAUAUGACGCCAGCCACGAUGAGAUCAAACCCUGCGGGGUGAAAGACGCUCUCCAAGCCAACGACCCCAUGAAUGUCCCUUUCAUGUAA